AUGAAGAAAUGUAUAUUGAUGAUGAUAAUUUUUUAAGUACAGAAUCAGAAAUUAUAGAUAAAAAUAACAACAAUAAAUAUUUAAUAGAAUCAGUUGAUAGUAGUUUUUAUGAAACUGAAGAAAAUGAAGAAGAAACAAUGAACCUGAGAUUGCAAAUAGUUUAUCAUCUAAAAA